GUCUUCAAUUACGUUACCUCCCUCCGCAGCGCAGCCCGCACAGCGCACGCGGUCUCCAGAAGUUUCCUCCCCCUCCGGCCGCCACCGACCCGGUGCCUCCUCCAUAUAGCCUUCGGAGCCUCCCUUCCCCCAAACACGGUUGAGAACAGGAGAGGGAGAGAAGGCGUAUUCGGGCGGAUCAAGGUCGAGGCCAAUCGGACAUGGAUUUCGAGCUGAGGAGCGCGCGGGAGAAGCUGGAGCGGGAGCAGCGCGAGCGGAUGCAGCGCGCCAAGGCCAAGGCCGACCGGGAGCGCCGCGCCAAGGCCGAGGCCGCGCGCCGCCGCGACGCGCUCGAGGCCUCCAACAGGGAGCGCCGCCUCGACGCCGCCCGCGCGCAGGAAGAGGCUGAUCAGAAGAUGGAAGAGGUGAUGCAACUGGGUAAGGGGAUCUCAUUUUCACACAUGUUUGAAGCACUGCGAUAUGAUGGUCCAGGGGAUAAGAUCAAGCUGCCGCCGUCUUCCUUCAAGGAGUUGUCUGAUGAAGGAGCACUGGAUAAAGGUCCCAUGUACUUCAGGCUGUCCAAAGUUCGGGACAGAGUUCCAGGUGCCUCUCAGUAUCAAGGCCCAGAGGAGGCAACCUGUUGUGGUGUGCUUGAAUUCACUGCGAGGGAAGGCUCUGCUGAACUACCACCGCAUGUUUGGAAUAAUCUUUUUCAGAGUGACAUCCCAGAUGUUCCUUUGAUUGAGGUGAGGUAUGCCAGUUUGCCCAAAGGGACAUAUGCUAAACUGAAGCCGGAAGGAGUCGGAUUCUCAGAUCUCCCUAACCAUAGAGCUGUCCUUGAAACGGCACUUCGUAAUCAUGCAACGCUAUCUGAAAAUGAUGUUGUCGUGGUGAACUACGGACAGCUGCAGUAUAAGUUGAGGGUUCUUGAGUUGAAGCCUGCAUCAAGUGUUUCUGUCCUGGAGACAGAUGUUGAAGUUGAUAUUGAGGGGCCAGAUUCAGUUUUGGACAAUGAAGAGAAUCAACAUGUGCUUGUGCCUCUUCAAAUUGGGAAAGUUGAAUCUGGCGUUUUGGAAGAAGGAAAGUUUAGGUACUACAAAUUUUAUGUUGAAGAAGGUACCAGUGAGAAAGUAGCUUCUGGACAUGCCAAUAUUGAGGUUAAGAUAGAGGCUGAUACGAGUGGUGGUGACACUGAUAUUUAUGUAUCAAGACAUCCUUUAGUAUUCCCAACUCAGCACCGCCACGAGUGGUCUUCUCAUGAAAUGGGAUCUAAGGUUCUUAUACUUAAACCCAGGGAUGUAACUUUGGUGAGUGGUACCUACAGUAUAGGAGUUUAUGGUUUCAAGGGAACAUCAAAUUUCCAACUUUCUGUAGCUAUCAAGGAUGUUAUCAGUAGCCAAAGGAUUGGUGAGCAAGCUAGUGCCUCAUCUACUGUCAAUGGUGACUCAGUGGUCUGCAAGAACUGCAAACGUCAUGUAUCUGGCCGAACCUCAGUACUUCAUGAGGCAUACUGCGUGAGGCACAAUGUUGCUUGCAUGCAUGAUGGGUGUGGUGUUGUUCUUCGAAAGGAGGAAGCAGCAGAUCAUGUGCAUUGCAGCAAGUGUGGACAAGCAUUCCAGCAGAGAGAAAUGGAGAAGCACAUGAAAGUUUUCCAUGAGCCGCUGCAUUGCCCCUGUGGGGUAGUCCUAGAAAAGGAAGAUAUGGUCCAACACCAAUCCUCAACCUGCCCCUUCCGCUUGAUUGUGUGUCGAUUUUGUGGCGACACGGUUCAGGCCGGUGGACAACCGCUUGAUGUUCGAGACCGGCUUCGAAAUAUGUGCGAGCAUGAGAGUAUCUGCGGAUCCAGGACUGCACCAUGCGACUCUUGUGGGCGGUCAGUCAUGCUGAAGGAGAUGGACAUUCAUGCAAUCGCUGUUCAUCAAAAGAGCUGAGUGUUAUAAUCCACUGGACUCACCGUUGUACUUGCAUAUAUGUUACAUUUCCAAUUGUGUGGUAAUUUCAUGGAGAAUUAUUGUGGUGUUUCCAAUUGGCUUGUGUCUUUCUGUAGAAUCUGUAUACGCAUUAUUUAUAUAACCUUCAUUGCCCUGAUUAACAGUUUCGUAACCCCCUCCCCUUCUCUGAAACCAUUUCUACAAAUUCGAUGUAGCAAGAUCAGCAACAUUAUUAAGACUGGUGAAUGUUACUGCAA